GCGCAUGUUAUUGUUGACCUUUCUACACAUACCAAUAAGGCUUCAAACCUAUCUUCCUUCUCAAAUGCAAGAUUCCUGUAAAAGAAAAUGAAACUAACGAAAUAAACAGCUGCUUGCACAUGAUAUCUGCAAUGGAUCUGGGCGGAAGAAUCAACAAAAUUGCUGUUUAUUUUGAGCAAUCUGAUUCCGAUUCUGAGGGGACUUGGUGCUAGACAGCAAAAAGUGAAGAAUGCCAUCCAAAACCUUGUUCUUCCCAUUGGUUCCAUGUUUGAGCAGUAACAAGAAGGAAAGAGAGAUAUCAUUCUUGGAUAAUGGAAGCAUCUUACUAGAGGAUCUCAUUGCUUCUUGUGAUGGAAAAUCUAAUCCUAUUCGGUGUUACUCUGCUGCUGAUCUCAUCAGGGCAACCAACAACUUCGAUCCUUCUCGCAUUAUACAAGAUUUUUCAGCACCGAAGUAUAAAUUUCAUCAUUCUAUACAUGUUUAUGGUGGUUACAAAAUGUUCAGGGGUUUCCUAGACGGCCGAUCAAUCAUCAUUAAGAAGUUCAUGGGGACUGGGGAUGAAGCUAGGUCCGUGGCCAUCCGUGACAUUAUCAUAUCGAUGCAGAUGAGCAACCAUAAGAAUGUUUUGAAACUCUUGGGCUGCUGCUUAGAGAUCCCUAUACCAGCUUUGGUGCAUGAAUAUGCAAUAGAAGGAGUUCUCAACGAUCAAGGAGGUUUAAGGACUACUGAAAACCAAUCCUCAUUACCAUGGAAAACUAGACUGCGCAUUGCAAUUCAACUUGCUAGUGCAAUCACAUAUUUACAUACCGCCUUUCCCAGACCCAUAAUUCAUAGGGCUCUAAAACCCAGUUCUAUUUUCUUGGACCAUGACUAUGCUCCGAAACUCUCUAACUUCGGACUCUCCAUAACCAUUCCUCCCAUGAAAUCACAUGCUGAUGAUGAGGUGAAAGGAACAUUUGGUUUCCUUGAUCCUUCCUAUAUGAAGUCUGGUUACAUUUCAGAAAAAAGUGAUGUUUAUAGUUUUGGUGUGCUUUUACUUGUAUUUUUAACGGGACAAAAGGCUGUGGAUGCAUAUGAGGCAGGAGAAUACCUAUCAAUUAUUGCAUAUGUGAAAGCUUCAGAUAUUGGGCAGAUUCAAACAAUUGCGGACCCUAAAAUCUUAGGGGAGGUAGGGGGAGAUGAGCAAGCACGACAGCACUUGCAUGAUUUCCUAGCACUGGCAUUGUCAUGCACCCAAGAAGAAAGUGAAGUAAGGCCAGAUAUGAUGGAUGUGGCGAAAGAACUCCUGAGAAUUGAGAAGUCUAUCAUUUCCAAGUAAUUCUCUCUAAUUAACUAUGCAAAGUCAAGCCGACAUGGGACAACUUAUUUGCCAUGCACCUUCCCGUUUUGCUCUGUUUAUUCAGCCGAAGCUGUUGGUUGUGUGGGGCUCUGUUGUGUAUAUUUUUGGUGCUCUAGCAAUUUCAAGGCAAGUUCUUCUUGUUUCUUUGUUUGUAAGUUAUUGAGUAAUUAUGUUUUUCUUUGUGUCUGAUAAUGAAAAGGGAAAAUAGUAAUUUCGUGUAAAUAGCUUUGGUCGGCCCCACUGGACAUUGAUCAUUCGAUGGCAAUGGCAUCGUUGACUUAACCAUAGCAAUAAACUUCAAAACUAUACUCUUUCU